AUGAGACACCAUUACGCCCGUCUCCUUUCACAAACCUUUACCCGCGUCUACAGACACAGCAAAAUCUGUCCUCAAAUCGAAAACCCUAAUUCGUUUCGUUGUUUAUCAACUUCAGCUCAGGAGCCCAAGUCCGCGCCGACCGAACGAGUUUACGCCAUCGCCGAUGAAAUCUCCGGUCUGACUCUGCUGGAAAUCUCGGAUUUGACUGAAGUUUUGAGGCAGAAAAUGGGGGUCGAGGAAAUGCCCAUGAUGACGGUUAUGAUGCCGGGGAUGGGGUUUGCGCCGGGGAUGGGUAAGGGGAAGGGCGGCGGCGGAGGUGCGGCCAAGGAGGAGGAGAAGAAAGAGAAGACGGCGUUUGAUUUGAAGCUCGAGGGAGGUUUCGAUGCAGGCGCUAAGAUUAAGAUUAUUAAGGAGGUGAGGGCUUGUACGAGUCUAGGGUUAAAGGAGGCUAAGGACUUGGUGGAGAAAGCACCGACUCUGUUGAAGAAAGGGGUGAACAAGGACGAGGCAGAAAAAAUUAUCCAGAAGAUGAAGGAGGUUGGGGCAAAAGUGAUCAUGGAGUGA